AUAAAUGAAAUCUUACAAAUCUGUCAACUCAACUUGCCAGCUGGAGCGCCGAGUCCGUCGCCUAGAAUUACGUCAUCGGGAAGCGCCUCUUUUAUUGACCGCUGCCCGAUGACGUAGCUAAAAGAACUCCAAACCCUUUGUUUGUUCGGGUUAGGUUAGGUGGUUAAAAAGCGGUUCAAACCACUAAACCACGUGAGCCACGUGAUUGGGCCAACCGAUAGAGUGUGGACCAAUGCGCUGCUGUAUUGGCGGGGGGGGUUUCCGCGUGGUCCUAGUGCUUGCCCAUCAAUUCUUAUCGUCUUACAUCGUUUUGGGACGGUAAAGAACUCCAGGGGACCAAAACUGCCCUCUGAAAAAGUGCAGGGGACACAUUUAUGGGGUCCCCCCCGUGACCCCAUAAAUUACGCCUUUGGGGGCCGCGUGACGUGACAUUAAACGAGUGCGUCCAAUCAGAAGAGCCAUAAUAACAGCGUGAAGACCAGUUGCUAGGCAACCACUGCGCAGUGGUGAAACCUGAUAAGCGUCCGCAGCAGCCAAUAGAAAACGGCUUCUUGAAUAUUUCAUCCAAAUAAAAAAAAAGUCUUUCGAAGGGCGAGCAGGAAAACGAAGGCGACCAAAACGAAGAGCAAGCGAGACGCCGCCGAGGAAUAAAAAAACAUCCAAAUCCAAAACAGACAGGAUGUGACAUCAUCAAGCCGCCGUGUCCCAACGGUUAAGAACGUCGCCUGCCAACAUGGGGAUCUAGGUUCAAGACCCCGACCGGACCAUCCGCCGACAUCCCCGGACUCACGGCUGCGGUGUCCUUGAGCGAGACGCCGAUACCCCGAAAUGCUCCCCGGGCGCUUCGACCGCCCCCUGCUCCGGCGUGUUCCGCUAACAUGCAUGAAAAUGUCCGAAGAAGCAGAAGAGGCGCGUGGCGGCUCGGCGGCGGCCCUGCGCUGCAUCGUGUGCUUCGGCCGCUACGAUCUGGCCGCACGGUUGCCGCGGCGACUGCACUGCGGCCACACCUUCUGCCAGGCGUGCGUGAAGCGACUGGACGCCGUCAUCAACGAGCAGGUGUGGAUCCCGUGUCCUCAGUGCCGGCAGAACACACCUCGUCCGCGCGGGGGCGCCGCCGCACUGGACCUGGACUUGACCUCUUUCCUGGCACUCAAGACGCACGCCGGCUCUGCCCCUUGUAGCGGCGAGGGGGCGUCGACCGGCGAGGGGGCGUCGACCGGCAAGGCGGCGGCGGUGGCCCGGGACGGGAAGACCACGUGGGCGUCCAAGGACGUCGGCGGCGCCGAUGCGUGGUCGCACGGCGGACUCGCCCAACCGCGCUUUCACUGCCACGGCGACUGCUGCAAGCCUCUCUCCUAUUGGUUGUGCUGCUGCUGCCUGUGGCGAGGCUAAACAGCAAAUAUUUCACAUACUAAUUCUUCUGUUAACAAAGAUAAAUAUCACCGCUGGUAUAAAACAUUAAAGAAUUUAAAGAAAUAAACUGUACCUUUAAGGGGCGUGGCCUCGAGCGUGAAGUCAGUAUCUGG